UGCAAAUGCUCGCCGCCCUCGCCAGCGCAGUCGCGGGGUACCAGCCUCCUUGCCUCGCCCGGAGCAGUGGGCUCCAGUCCACCACCCUCCGCCGCGCGGUGGCUCCCGUUGCCAACAUCAUCGACCCCAACGAGCCCUCGUCAGAGGUUCGGCGUGCCGGGCCGGCCGAUGCGCCGGAGCAGCGGAUCGACUCGGAGGAGACGUACAGGAUCAUGUUUCGGACGCUGAUGGAGACGGAGAACAAGGUGGCGGACGAGGUCGCCAAGAACUACGCGCUCUUUGACUACGGCUUCAUGCAGCGUCUCGAGGAGGCCAAGGCGCAGGCGGCGCCAGGGUCGGACGAGGCGGGCAGGAUAGAGGAGGUGGACGUGGCGCUCAAGUCGGAGAUGGCGCGGCGGAUGGGCGAGGCCGCGGAGGCGCUGAAAUCCGUGCUGACCUCGCCCUCCGCCGUCGUGAUGGAGGGGCGGAUGACGGGGCUCGCGCGGCAGGGCAAGCUCGACGACGCGCUCCUGCAGCUGCUCGAGGCGAACCUGCAGCGUGCGUCGGAGGCGGGCGAGGCGGGGAAGGGGGCGGUGGCGGCGCUGAGCAAGCUCAAGCAGCGCGUGAUGGAGGAGCUCGACAAGAAGGUGCCUCCCGACAUGGCGCUGGUGCGGCAGCUGCUGCGGAUGGAGUCAAAGCCGGCGCGCUUGCAGCUGCUCAAGGAGAAGAUGACGCCGAAGCAGCGGACGUCGCUCGUGAUGGCCACCUCGGUCGAGGACGCGGCGCGGAACGACCUCGAGGCGGCGGACAACGACGGCGAGCCGGACGUCGACUCGCGCCGCCUCGCGCAGGCCUUCAAGGAGAUCAAGGGCCGGUUUGGCAACGUCGACGAGGAGUACGACACAGGCUUCGUGGAGCGGCUCGAGAUGAUCUCGCUCGAGGCGGAGGAGGUGGCGCUCGAGAUCGCGGGAGGCGAGGAGGUGACCGCGCGGCAGCAGCAGGACAUGAUGUGGGACCGGGGCACCGUGUCGGUCUGGCAGCUCGAGGAGGUGGAGAACAAGGCGCACGAGGAGGGCAAGCUGGCCGUGUGGGAGAAGGAGGCGCAGGACCAGAUGAGCCGCGACAUGGAGGACCGCAUGAAGAGUCUCAAGGGGGACGACGGAAACGGCGGGCUCUUGUCGUGAGAGCCGGUCCCGGAUGUGUACUCUCUAUCAUGGACAGGGACAGUGGUGCACGUAGCACGUUGUGAGCGGCCGGCGGCGUUUGUGAACUUUUUUCAACAACGGGGUAUUCUUUGGCGGUGGCCCCUUUGUGGUCUGUCAAUUUUC